GUUUCUCUCUCUGUCUCUGUCUGAGGCCUGGAGCAGGGAGUAGGUGGCAGAGCCUGGGGCCACGGGCUGCUCCUGGGAGGAUUGCCUGUAUGCUGGGUCACUGGGGAUUUACUGACGCGGUGUCGCCUCAGCUGGGCCUCAAAGGAUGGGGGAUGGGCAGCAUCUCCGGAAGAGGAGCAGUCAGUGCAAAGGUUGGGAGGUAUGGGAAGCCCCGGCAGCAGGGGCAGAGUGGGGGUCUCCGGAGGCCACGGGAAGGCCCCGUUCUUUCUGCUUCGUGCUGGAGCCGCAAGCCCCAGGGACGUGGUGGCGCUGGGCAGGGCCUUGGACGAAGCAGGAACCCCGGCCUGACCCGCACAGGCCUUCCUGGCUUCUCGGCCUGUGAGGGAGACAGUGUCAGCACUCGAAGGGCCACAGUGGUCGGGGUGCAGAGAAGGGGGCUGUGUUGGGCUUGGACUCCAGGGAGAGCUUCCUGGAGGAACAGGCCGAGCUGUGUUUGGCUAACCCGGGGGCCCUCGGCGCAGUGGCUCCCGCCGACCGGGGCCAGGGAAGAGUGGAGCUGGCCUGGGAGGUAGGGACCAACUGGCUCGUUCGAGGAUGUGUCGGGUAAAUCGGUGCAGACCCAGGGUCAUGCAGCUCCUGAAACGGCGAGGUGGGGGCGCACAGGGAGGUAGUUCGUGGAGCGUGGUCAGCUUGGAACGGGCUCUGCAGCGAUUAGGACAACGGCGGAUGAGGGUCCGGGGCCGCCACCGGAUGCCCCGCGGUUCCCCGCGCCGCCCGCCUCCCGCCGCCCGCCACCCGCUACCCCCACGCGCAGUUGUUUUCCUAACUCCUGCUGCCGGGGGCGCCUGCGAUUGGCUGCGGGCGGAUGGCCUGGGCGUGGAUUGGCUGCUCAGGGUGGGGGGCUGGGCCCGCGGGUCAUAGUCCGCCCCCCGAACCUUCAAAUGGGAAGCCCCCCUAGAGGCGCCAGCAGACCCGAGGCUGUGCUGUGGUGCCGCUGGGCCCGGGAUCGGAGGGAGUAAGCUGUGCGCGCCCGGAGGCCCCGGGCCGUCGGGCGCCCGUCUUGUCUCCAGCCAUGGGGUCGGCGGCGCUGGAGAUUCUCGGCCUGGUGUUGUGCCUGGUGGGCUGGGUGGGCCUGAUCCUGGCGUGCGGGCUGCCCAUGUGGCAGGUGACCGCUUUCCUGGACCACAACAUCGUGACGGCGCAGACCACCUGGAAGGGGCUGUGGAUGUCGUGCGUGGUGCAGAGCACAGGGCACAUGCAGUGCAAGGUGUACGACUCGGUGCUGGCGCUGAGCACAGAGGUGCAGGCGGCGCGGGCGCUCACCGUGGGCGCCGUGCUCCUGGCGCUUGUCGCGCUCUUUGUGACCCUGGCGGGCGCGCAGUGCACCACCUGCGUGGCCCCCGGCCCGGGUAAGGCACGCGUGGCCCUCACGGGCGGCGCGCUUUACGCGCUCUGCGGGCUGCUGGCACUCGUGCCGCUCUGCUGGUUCGCCAACAUCGUGGUCCGGGAGUUCUACGACCCGACCGUGCCCAUGUCGCAGAAGUACGAGCUGGGCGCCGCGCUUUACAUCGGCUGGGCCGCCUCGGCGCUGCUCAUGUGCGGCGGCGGCCUCGUGUGCUGCGGCGCCUGGGUCUGCGCCGGCCGCCCCGACUUCGGCUUCCCGGUCAAGUACUCGGCGCCGCGGCGGCCUACGGCCAGCGGCGACUACGACAAGAAGAACUAUGUUUGAGUGCGCUUGCGCGGCAGGGCCGCGAGCGGGAGGACCGGCCAGGGGAGCCCCGCAUGGACGGCGGCCUCCGCGGCGCACAGGCUCUGCGGAACUCUGAGUCCUGCGCACGGACCGGACUCUGUCCGCAGCCCGUCCUCUCCGGCCUCCUAGCCGGCCCCGGGCUGCGCCCUGCCCCGCAAGGCGACGCGCACUUGGGAAGACUCGCUCUGUUUCUUUUUGUGUGCAGUGCUGGCUCCGACGUGGGUAGGGCGCGCGUUCCUUCGGCCGUGUGGGCACUGGACUGGAGAUGCCGCUCCCUCUCUGACCGUCAGGGUCUUGGAUGCCACCCACUCCCUAGUGGCUCCUGCUGAUUCCAGAGGGGCAGACCGAGAGCCCAGGGGCCCCAGCCUCGGCUGCCGGAGGGACGUUUAUAACUGGCCUUCACUCCAUCAGCAGGCUGGCCUCCGGGUGGGGGCAAGAGACUUGGUCUGGACCUCCCUGUCUCACCCCUGCAGCUCGCCAGGCAAGGCUUACGGGAACCGGAUCCUGGGUGUGGGGCUGGGGCCCUGCCCUCCUUCACAGCUUGGGGGGUUGGGGUAAGAGUCCGCUUAGUAAAUGGUUUGGAUACCCUC